UGGUCUUGGCAUCCGCCACUUGCAGAUGCUGCUCACAGCAGUCUGUGCCACGGUCAUCUAUGUAAUGAGGAGCAGCAUGAGUGUAGCAGUACUAGCCAUGACUGACACGACCAAAAACAGUACCACCGUUGAGAUAUACGAAUGGGACGACAAGAUCCGAGGAGCCGUGUUGUCCUCAUUCUUCUGGGGAUACACCAUCAUGCAGAUCCCAGCUGGUAUCCUGGCGAAGAAGUUUGGUGGCAAACCGAUGCUACUGUCUGCUUUAUUGACCAAUGGAGUCCUGUGCUUAGCUACUCCUAGUGUGGCUAAAUUUGGAUGGCUAGCCAUAUGCCUUGUCCGCAUGGCUAUGGGCCUGACGCAGGCUUGCUUCAUGCCUAGCACACACACGCUCAUAGGCCAGUGGGCCCCACCCCAGGAAAGGACGAGACUUAGCAUGAUCGCUUAUGCAGGCAUACAAAUAGGCACGAUUCUGACCAUGCCAGUUUGCGGCGUCCUAUCUUCGACAUCACUUGGAUGGACGCUCAUAUUCUACACAAUGGGUGUGCUCGCGUGUGCCACUGCUAUUAUAUGGUGGGGCUUAGCGGGAAGUAGUCCGAGGGAACAUCCUUGGGUGAAGCAGAAGGAGCGAGAGUAUAUUGAAGGCUCGCUUAAUUCUAGUGGGAAGGCCUGCCCUCCCAUCCCUUGGCGCAGCAUUCUCACUUCGCGGCCUCUCUACGCAACGGCCAUUGUCCACAUCGGUUUCAACUGGAGCUUCGUCAUGUUUCUGGUCCAAAUGCCUACUUACUUAAAACAAGCUCUGGGAAUAGACUUGCAAAAUAGUUCUUCACUCUCGGCUCUCCCGUUCAUCGGACAAUGGAUAAUCCUUGUGAUUUCUGGCGUGUUAAGCGACUACCUAAUCAAUAGGAACAUCCUAAGUCUGGACGCUACUCGGAAACUUUUCAACUCAAUAGGCUGCAUAGGUGGCGGUAUUGGUCUAAUCGUGAUGUCGUUCCUCACAAGUGAGCACCAGAAUAUCGCUGUAGCAGUUAUGACAAUCACUGGCGGAAUUUUGAGCAGCAGCGGGUGUGGUUAUGUUUUAAACCACAUCGAUCUCUCUCCUAAUUUCGGUGGCAUUAUGUACGGUAUGACCAACUGCGUUGCAAAUCUGGUUGCUAUCUUGGCACCUCUCAGUACUGGCUUCAUCCUUGGUGAUCAUCCAACGGACCCAGCUAGAUGGCGAAUUGUAUUCUUCUUAGCAGCUGGCCUGAUAAUAACCGGGGACCUGGUAUUUCGUUUCUUCGGUACCACUAAGCUUCAACCGUGGAAUGAUGCGCCAAGUGACUAUGAACCAGGCAAAGAAAAUCAGUUGAAAAAUAAUACGGACUCAGAGAAAGCGAAUCAAGAAAUAGUGUAUAGUUUUCAGAACCAGCUCAAAGACAAUUAAUAUUAAAAUAUAUUGAGUUAGCUAAAUUAAAAUUGUUUAUAAAUCCUCAGUGGUUUCUAUGAUAAUCCAGUUAUAAAAUGAUCUAGAAAAACUUUUGGUCCUAGAGCUUAAUUACAUAAUAAUUGAAAAAUUAUUGAAAAAUAACAGAUAAAAAAAAAUGUAAUUCAUUAUAAAGUAAAAGGUAUUUUGUGUUUGGGCUUGGAAAGACGAUAUAUCUUGGUAUCUUAUCACUUAUAAUAUGGAAGGGUAUAUAAAAAAAAAAAGUAGAACAAUAGUCAUUAAAACCGAAACCGAAUAGUCAUUUCUUAUAAGAGCUUAAUCUGCGUAAUAUAGUGAUCCUUGGGUAUAAGCGUGAGUAUAAGAAUUAUUUAUAAUCGCUAAAUUCAAGUACCUAUAAAUAUUAUCAUAGAUUAAAU